AUGGCCGAUCACAAAGAACCAACUCCCGCCGAAGAAGCGGCAUCUCGUGCCAAAGAAGCCGCCGAGCAGGCUGCCCUUCCCUAUAAAUGGCAGCAGGAUAUCAAGGAACUCAGUGUCACAUUCACGGUCCCUGGGAACAUCAAGUCCAGAGACCUCGUCAUCAGCAUCACCCAGGACAAGCUCUCUGCAGGUAUCAAGGGCCAAACGCCUGUUAUUGGUGAGGAAGUCGACGGUGUCAAGCAAAACAAACUUGCACAAGAAAUCAAGGUCGACGACUCAACAUGGACCUUGGCUACAAACCCCGACGGCACAAAGACGGUCGAAAUCCUCCUCGCAAAGAGGAAACAAGAGUGGUGGCCGAAUGUCAUCCAGGGCACCGCAGCCAUCGAUGUGACCAAGAUUCAACCCGAAAACUCGAAGCUUUCAGACCUCGACGGCGAAACGAGAGGCAUGGUUGAGAAGAUGAUGUUUGACCAGCGCCAGAAGGAGCAGGGUUUGCCGACGUCAGAUGAGCAGAAGAAGGCGGAUAUCCUGAAGAAGUUCCAGGCGCAACAUCCCGAGAUGGACUUUAGCAAGGCAAAGAUCCAAUAA